AUGGUCCAUAUUGGCAGACAUAUUAUUGAUCCUCAAACUGGCUUAUGCGAAAUAUGUGAUCGUGGCGCCAUACAUCAGUUUCGGCAAUCAAAACAUGGAAAACAAUUUCUAUAUUCAAAUCAAGAUGGGAAAUUCACUUAUCGCCCUAAUGAUGAUGAAAUAUAUCAUAAAGAUGAAACAACACCACGUCAUGUACGCAAACCUCUUUAUCCUGAGCCACCACCGCCACGACCACGUCCAGUUGUACAUGAACCACCACCACCACGACAACGUGCUGUUGUACAUGAACAACCAGUAGUUACUCAAAGAAGAAUUGCUCGACGUGACCAUUCACCAUUGGAUGAUAUUCACCAUCAUUCUCCUAAUCGUCUGGCAACACUUUAUUACGUUAAUAAUACAGGUCAGAUGGCUCCUCGACCUCACGAUGUACCAAAUGAGCCAAGCCGACGUUAUCUUGUUCAAGAGCAUCAUUCACCACCAACAAAGCCAGCUCAUGUUGAACGCCGACGUGCACGAACACCACCACCACCAGCGAGUGAUUCUUGGCGUUCACCACCCAGACGACAAAAUAAUUCUGAUACACGAGUUAUUGAACGACAACAUAGAGACAUACCAAAUGACGCUUAUUAUCAUCAAUCACCAAGAAGAGCUGAAAUGUAUUUUGUUGAAGCACCUCAUAGUAACAAUCAUUUUUCAACAUUACGUCCUUCUGUUCAUCCGUCACAUAUUGAUAAUACUCCAUCACCUCGAAUUGUUCAUCAAGGAGAUCCAAAUAGAAAACAUCAUCUUGAACCUAUUCAACGAAUACAUUACGCUGAAGUCGAACCAGCUUCUACAAGAAGGGCAAAUAAAAAAUUAUCACCAAGAAAUCAUGAACCUCUACAAGAAGAAUAUAUUCCGAAUGGUAGUCAUGCACGACCUGUACGAAAAAUUGAAAAAAUUUAUCCAACACCUAGACAAUAUGAAUCAUCACCACAAUUGACAAAUAAACAUGUGCGAAGUACUUUAUCAAAUAAAAAUCCAUCUAUUUAUUAUAUUCCAUCCGUUAAUGAAUAUUAA